CGGCCCUAAACAACAAUAAGGAAGUGUAGGAGGAGGGGACGGGGGAGUCACGCAAAAUAUACUGGAUUUUCAGUUUUGGACGCAAAUAAAUUCUGGACUGUAAUGCAGUAGCGUUUAGUUGUCACACACGACACUGAGUCUCUCUUAUGCUUAUACACCCUGAUUGUAGAUUGCAGCUAGCUGGGCCGGGCUAAACGUUUGGCUGUAUUCGACCAGCUGUUAGCAAGAGUUUAGCCAAACAGCUAACUAGCUAGCAGCCAGCGAUGGAGGGCUCCAAGACGUCGAGCACGACCAUGCAGGUGAGCUUUGUGUGUCAGCGCUGCUGCCAGCCGCUCAAACUGGACACAUCCUUCAAUGUGCUCGAUCGGGUCACCAUCCAGGAGCUUAUUGCCCCGCUGGUCUCAGUGACCCCCAGCAAGCAGCCUGACAGCAGCGGGGGGGAGACGGCACCAGAGGAAACAUUUGUAGAAAACAAGCAUGACGGGGUGUCGAGAAAAUACAUCCCUCCUGCACGAAUGAUGUCAACAGAGAGCGCCAACAGCUUCACUCUGAUUGGAGAUGCGUCUGAUGGCGGCACAAUGGAAAACCUUAGUCGUAGACUGAAGGUAACCAGUGACCUGUUUGACAUCAUGUCGGGCCAGACAGAUGUGGACCAUCCACUGUGUGAGGAAUGUACCGACACUCUGCUGGACCACCUGGACACGCAGCUCAACAUCACAGAGAACGAAUGCCAGAAUUAUAAGCAGUGUCUGGAGCUGCUAUCACACCUGCAGGUGGAGGAUGAGGUGACCCUGUUGGCAGAGCUGCAGCAGCUCAAAGAUGAAGAAGAGAAACUGGUUCAGGAGCUGGAAGCUGUGGAGGUGCAGAGGGCUGCUGUGGCUCAGGACCUGGCCCAAAGCAGGGUCCAAGCUCAGCAGCUAGACACAGAGGAGCUACAGUACCAAAAGGAAUACAGCGAGUUUAAACGGCAGCAGCUAGAGCUGGAUGAUGAGCUCAAGAGUGUUGACAACCAGAUGCGCUACUGCCAGAUUCAGCUAGAUCGCCUGAAAAAGACCAACGUUUUCAACGCUACAUUCCACAUAUGGCACAGCGGCCAGUUUGGUACCAUCAACAACUUCCGUCUGGGCCGACUCCCCAGCGUCCCCGUGGAGUGGAAUGAGAUCAACGCAGCCUGGGGACAGACGGUGCUUCUGCUGCACGCUCUCGCCAACAAAAUGGGGCUGCGCUUCCAACGAUAUCGUCUUGUGCCAUAUGGAAACCAUUCUUACUUGGAGUCACUGACAGACAAGUCAAAGGAACUCCCACUGUACUGCUCAGGUGGCCUGAGGUUCUUCUGGGACAAUAAGUUUGAUCAUGCCAUGGUGGCCUUCCUGGACUGUGUCCAACAGUUCAAAGAGGAGGUGGAAAAAGGCGACACUGGCUUCUGCCUCCCCUACAGAAUGGAUGUGGAGAAGGGCAAGAUUGAAGAUACGGGCGGCAGCGGAGGCUCCUACUCCAUCAAAACUCAGUUCAACUCUGAGGAGCAGUGGACGAAAGCGCUCAAGUUUAUGCUAACCAACCUCAAGUGGGGGCUGGCCUGGGUCACCUCACAGUUCUACAACAGAUAAAUCAGCUGGACAGUGUCUUGAUAUUUGACUUAGUCAUAUGCACAUCUGUUAAAUGAAUAUCAUGCGAUACCCAUUUGGAUAUUUUAACCAAAGGAAAAGGUUAUGUUUGCACCGCAUUGCAAAAAGCAUCAAGUGAUAUCAGGCCUGUUUUUACAUGUUACAGAGAAGUCGUUUAAAUCUAUUUUGCUGCAGCAUGGAGAUUACAUGGUGGUUCACUAAUAAAACAAUGAAGUAAUGCAGUUGUGGGCAUGUUCCUCAAAUAAAGCAGCAUGUUUGACUUACUAAUUUGUAAAGCAGGCAAGAAGUAUCUGCCACAUUAGGAUAUGCUUUCAAUAUUUCCAAAUUUGAGGUAUUGUCCAUCUCCUGUUGCCCUGCAACUUUGAAAAUGGAAAAGCUGUGUGUAAUGUGAUACUUAGUAGAGUUUAGUAUUUGAGUAUUCAACAAGUCAGUAUUUAAGACUGAAUGCAAUUAACAGAUUUGUCAGAUACAUAAGUGCUGGAGGCGCACUGAUACAUCAGCCUUGUGUUCAUACAUUGUACCAGAUGUUUAAUAAUGGAACUGACUUAAUAAAAAUAUGGUU